GGGAACGAGAGGAACUGUCAAACUGCACGUUCCUAGGCAUUACGUGAACAAAUAGCGAGUAGCCUGGGAGCAGGUUGUGUAACUUUGCGAAUGUGCCAGCAACUUUAAAAUCCCUUCCUCCUUCUCCACUCCAGACAGUACCAAGAAAAUGUGAGGCACUCUAUACAGCUGCAGCUUUUGGCAAGCCAGAUUUUGAAUACUCUCUGGUAUCUUUUUUGUGUGUGUGCACAUAUAUAUAUAAUGUUUUAAAGAAUCACACUGACUUUUACAUUUAAAAUAUAUUUGAUGGAAAUAUAGACUUCUUUCGACAAAAAUAAUCUUCUGGGAAGUUACAAUUUUUCCUCGUUUGACUUAAAAGAUGAAUUAUCAAACAUUAAUGUAUUUACUGAAACUUUUUGGUCUUUACUUGACUUGCCUGGUUGGAGAGAUCCAUGGACAGCAGCAGCAGCAGCAGCAGCAAGAACAGGACAGCUCUGCGGGCGCUCUUUGGCGCCAACGGAUUCAGUGGAGAAACAACGGACGCGUUUAUAGUUUGUUGAGCCUGGGCUCCGAGUAUCAGCCGCCCCAGGGCUCCAGCGGGAGCAACCGCCUCUUCUUACUGAGUGACAGUGACACCAACAGCACGGUGAGCAGCGGCAGAGACAGCAAUGCCAGGAGGGCGCCCACAUCUUCCAGAGCACAGUCCUCGCAAAACACCUCCGGCGCCCGCGCAGUCCGACAACGCGGGGACUCGCCCCUAUCCCGAUCCCAGUCCCGCUUGUCCGGCGCCACUCACCCGUUGCGAGGCUCAAGCCGCGGCAACCCGAGACCGUCCGGCCCCCGGAAUCAGCCUGGGGCUCGAUCCGGCGGAGUGCCCGGCCAAGGGGCUCGGGUCACUCCAGCUUCUACCGACCAGGAUAGUAUCAGGGAGACACCUGCGACUGGCCAGAACAGGUCAAGCCCGAGCCUUCCUGGGACUGCCAGUGCGGAUGUCAUGGUCGGGGAUGACCCUUACAAUCCCUACAAGAGUACCGAUGACAACCCCUACUACAAUUACUACGACACAUACGAGAGACCCAGAGUUCGGCCCCGCAGACCUGGGUACGGCACCAGAUACUUCCAGCAUGGUUUACCAGAUUUAAUCCCAGAUCCAUACUAUAUUCAAGUCUCAACAUACGUUCAGAAGAUGCACAUGUACAACCUUAGAUGUGCCGCGGAGGAAAAUUGCUUGGCAAGCUCAGCCUACAGUUCGAACAUCAGGGACUAUGACAUGAGAGUGCUGCUAAGAUUCCCACAGAGAGUGAAGAACCAAGGCACAGCAGAUUUUUUACCGAGCCGACCUCGUUAUUCAUGGGAAUGGCACAGUUGUCACCGGCACUACCACAGCAUGGAUGAAUUUAGCCAUUAUGAUCUCUUGGAUGCCACCACACAUAGAAAAGUUGCUGAAGGACACAAAGCCAGUUUUUGUCUGGAGGACACCUCUUGUGAUUAUGGGUAUUACAGAAGAUACGCUUGCACAGCACAUUCACAGGGAUUGAGUCCAGGGUGUUAUGAUACUUACAAUGCUGACAUUGACUGCCAAUGGAUCGAUAUUACAGAUGUUAAGGCAGGAAACUACAUACUAAAAGUUUCAGUAAAUCCAAGCUAUUUGGUGCCAGAAUCAGACUACGGUAACAAUGUUGUUCGUUGUGACCUUCGUUAUACAGGCCAUCAUGCUUACACCUCGGGCUGUAGAAUCGCACAAUACUAACUUCAUAAAGAAGAUGAUGUGUUUAAGAACGGAUUGAAUCGGUAAAAUUGACAAGUCACAAACAAGUCAAGUCAAGCUUCAGGCUACUUGGCACCAUUACAAUUUAAACAGCCCCAAACAGGUAUUAUUUGCAGGAGAUGCUGAAAUCUAUGAGAACAAUUUUUUUUAAAACCCGUAACACUGUGACUGGGACCUCUGGAAACAAUCUUUACUAUUACAAAUUUUGACAUUUUAACUCAUUCACUACACAUUGCCAUUGUGAUGUCACUUGUUACAGUUAGCAUCCAUUUUGCAUAGAUGCAUUCUCCCAGGACCAAGGAUUGCAAUGGGAAUAAUGCCAAAUGGUAUCUUAUUGCUGAAUGAGUUAAUAAACGUUUGGUGUGAUUAGACUAUGUAUAACCUGUUGUGAUAGACAUUUUAGAAUAAAUAAGCACAUGACUACUCUAGAUCAUCCAUCCCAAAAUUAUUUAAUGUCAUAGCAACUGGAUUACCACCAUGACAGAAUAUCAUAGGACAGGGCAUAUGUCAUAAAAAAAAUGGAUGAGUUAGAAAAAGACAUGUGGUUAUGCACAAUACUGUGUUUACAUUUAACAGUGAUCCAAUUACAUUCCACUGUUUCAUUCCAACCAAUGAAUCCUUUGUUUGUUACAGGAUGAUUGCCUUAUUAACAUGCACAUAUAACUGAGUACGUUAUAAUUACAGCUAAAACAUGAGAAUUGUUGUUGUGCAUUGAUGCGCCAAAAAGAUGUAGAAAAUUAAGUUGCUACUGCAAUGCAUUCAAGAUCUUUCAGAGUCCCGUUAAUAUAUGUUUUAUGUACUAUUUGACCCCAAAUCAUCAUUGGGGUUAAUUCAAUUGGUUAAGGGCUUAUGCGCCUUUUUGUAAAUUUGAGCCUGACCUCUUCAUCAGAAGUUCCUCAAUGAGUGGUUAAAAUUUAUUCCUGUGGAAUAAAUGUUAAAGGCAUUUCAUCUUUUUUGUUCUACAAUAAAAGCUGAGCAGAAUUACAAAUACAGUAACUAAAAUCUAACUGUCUUUGUAUAAAACUAUGUAAAUAUGAACAAAAGAACUAAAGAAUGAAGGAGCUUAUGAAUUCACACUUCCAUUUCUAAACAUGAUGCUCAACUGAUGGUUUAUUUCUAUAACUACAGUAUCUUAGAUAUUUUUUAACUGUGGAUGAAAAUGGUUCCAAGUCUUAACAGUUAUUUAAAGUACAACAUUUAAAAAUUAGUACUGAAAAUGAAAUGUAAAUUUUGAAUUUAAGUUGAUGUAAAUUUUCAUGUUUACAUUUACUGCAAUUUUUGCUCAUGCAAAAUUUUGACUGCUCCAGAAAUAAAUUCAACUUAUUUAUCCUUAUGGAUAACUUCUGAAAAUUAAGGUUGCUAGCAAAUAUAAAAGAUGAAAAUUUAAAUACAAUUAAAUUAUAUUUGGAGAAAAGUAAACUGGAUUUAAAUAUCAAUUCAACCACUAAAGACAAGACCUUGUGGAACAAAUCAAACAAAAAUACCUUCAGGUCUCUGGAAUUAAUUUGUAAAGGCCCUUUUGGGAUUCCUGAUCAGCUUCAUGAAUACUUCAGGUUGGAAUUAGUGGCAAUUAUACAAAUAAAUGUGAAGAAAAACACCAUCAGCAAAAUAAUAUAAAGUCUGAUGACUUGCUGUCACAAUUUUGUAAAUCACCAGCAUCUCAGAAAACAGGGCAGAUAUGGACUGAAGGUUAUCUUUCAUUCAUAUCUAUCAAGUGCAGAGAUAGUUAGUAGAACAUGUACAACAAUACAGGCUACUUAUACAAAUUGAUGACUUCAACACAAAUAGGAGAAGAUACAAAGCAAACUUGGGAAGGGAGGGGUAUGUGUUUGGGGCUCAUUUAAUGAGGCGGAAGGGUAAUAAAUAUGGUCCCUGCCAUUUCCUGAGUCCACCAAGUUGAAUUGUUUGGCAGCAAGGCCCACCAUGGACAGCCUUUCCACCAUACCGCUAGCUGAGUCUCUUAAUUAGGGAGCAACAAAAGCAAAAUUGUGCAGGGUUGCUUGUAGGUUGCUGCGGGCCCCUGCAGAACCCCCUCACCAGCAAUCUCCUUGCACCAUCAUUCAUUUCAGAUCUAGGGUUCAGCACUAAUUUGGGUAGGUGUCAUGCCAGUGCUAGCCGCCACCUCCAUUAUGGUCCUGCUGUCACAAUAGAAUUGCCAGCCUCUGAUUGGCUGGCAGCUCUUGGUAAGCCCUAUGAUUCUUGAUAGCAGGAGGACCCACUGUUGUCCAGUCAGCUGUCUGAGCAGAACAAGGUGACAUGCGACCCCAGAAAUAGACAAUCAGGAAUCUCUCUGGCAUGCCAUCAGAGAGCCAAAAUCUCGAUCAUCUCCAUACGUUUCCACCAAAAGAAUGGUGUAUAUUUACGAGUCUGAGCAACUAUCACCCAAUAGACUGAAUGCAAGUUCUGCAAAAAUAGGUUGCAUAAAUUGUCUAGUUUAUGUAUAGCAUAAAUACUUCCUGCAUAUGUUAAUUUUAGCCUAUCAGAUCUCUGCUAAAGGCAUAGAGAAAUUGAGUACCCAAAAAAAGUAUAAAUUUAAUUAGUGCUGAUAAAAGUGAUUCAUAAAAUGAUCAAUUUUCUAAUUUUAAAAACUUUCAUUUGCAUGUGCCACCUAAAUUAUUAAGUGACCCCUCCUUUUUAAGUAAUGUGUAAAUAUUGCACAGUUGCUAAGCUGAAAUUUGUAUGAUUGAAACGUUGACAUUGGUAAUCCAAAUUAACACAUUUACAUGACUGGUAGGUGAUGUUUGUUUUCUUUCCUGUAUUUAUUCCAUAUCAUGAAUUGAAACAAUCUGCACUGUAAGGCCUAUAGCUAUAAAGUGUAUAGAAUUACCAAUACUGGAGUUCAAAAUGAGAAGGCCAAAAGUCAAUUCAAGUUUAAUUACUGUUUUUGAUCACAUAGGAGACGGAUUGGUCUUUCAUUGUAUACCAGCUCUUUGAAAAUGGUAUUAACUUAGCCCACUCCCCUGCUCUUACCCCACAAUCCUGCACGUUUUCCUUUCCAAGUACAGUAUAUGUAGAAUUUCCUUAACUGCUCUUGAACCUGCCUCUGUUAUUGUUUCAGGCUAUAUAUACUAGUUUAUAACAAGCUGCUAUUUUUUUAAAAAAGCACUUUUGCCUCCCCGCUGAUUUUUUCCACUAAUUAUUUUAACUUUUGUCCUUUGACUAUCUACUGUCCUGUCAGUGAAAUGGGUGUUUUUCGUUAUUUACUCUAUCAAAACACCUAAUUUCUGUCAGCUUUAUUAACCAUUCUCCAAGGAGAGUAAUCAUUGUUGUUUAUCUUUCCAUAAAACUGAAGUCUUUCAUUCUUUGUAUUAUCGAGUAAAUCUUUGCUGCACUCUCUCCACGGAUUUGGGAUCACUCCCAAGAUGUAAUGCAUGUUAUACUCCAGCUAUAGGGCCUAACUCGUAAUUUGUAAAGAUUCAGCAUAUUGACUUGCUUUUCAAGAUGUAACCUCUAUUUAUAAAAGCAAGAACCUCUCACUCUGGAAAACAUUAGGAUAAAUUAUAACUGACUGCUCUCCACCUCCACCCCCAUUCUGCCAUUAAAAUGGCUGUGCAAAGACAUACACUCCAUUCCCUCAGCUUUUUCUAAGAGGCCUAAAUCUGAUCCAAGAGUUGUCUCAGCUCCCCUUUCUGAGAUUUACCUCCUGCCUCUAAAGUAUUACCAAGUUACUUUAGCUUGACCUACCUUAGCUGCAUAUCAGUGGGCAGAUGACAGGAAGGAUGUAAGUAAGAUCCAGCUGUAAAAAUCAGCUGAGGCUUCCCACAGAGUCUCACAGAUAAUAAAGUGAAUUUUAACUUCCUGCCUAUGUCUGUUUCAUGAAGGUCUAUAUUUUCAAAGACUUUUAAAUCAUGGAGAAGAUAAUCAAUCUUUCAAUUGGCCAAAGAAAUUUCUGCACAGCCAUUAAAUAAUUUAAUUCCUGACAGUUUAAUAUUAUUAGUUAGAAUGGCAAUAUGAAUAUUUACAGUACUCUAAGCAUCAUUUCGUCUGCCCAAGUUAAAUAGUCUAUUCCAGUCAAUCAUCAUUACUAUAUCAUCAGAAUCAACAAUGCACAGUUGGCAAGCAGUAGUACCACAAUUACCUGCUUAACCUGAAAAAUAAUCAAGUUAUCAAUUUCACACUGUCCUUUAUUGAUAUGGUCUAGAUGUAUUUUUCCAGAUACAAUGGUGUCAAAGAGUUUGAAUAGAAAGCCAGUGUUUGAAAAAACACCACAAUAUGGAAGAAUAUGAUUUCCCUACAUUGACAUGCAGAUAGUGGAUAUAGAUACCAUAGUUGCUUAUUCUGGUGAUCCUUGCUAAUAACUGAAGUGCAACAUCAUUCUGGAAGAUAACAUUGCUUCUGCAGGGCUGACCAAGUAUAUGUAAAAAAACAAAAUAGCUCUAUUUAUUGGCCCUUUGGGAAAUGUUUCAUGAUAAGAAGCUCUAGCAUGAAUGCAUAAUUUUAUGACAGUCAAGAUUAAUGGUAAAGGCUGUGGGCUAUAAUUGAAUAAAAGAACAACUUCCAUUGUAAUGGGUUUUAUUCUCAAAGAUUUUCGACAAUAAACAUCUUAGUACAAAAGAUGCUAUUUCAAUUUGGAACUUAGUUACAAAGAAAAACUUGGUUCAUUUAAAAUGCAAAGAAAAUGCUAUUGCUGGAAAUAUGCUCAGUGAUAAGUUAAAAAAAUGAAAUGCCACUAAGUUUACAAGCCUGUUUUGGUGCUUAACACCAUAUGUAUCUGCUUUAUGAUGAAUUUCAUAAUUUUUAGCUGCAGGUAAUUUUUAUCUCUAGAAAUAUUGUAUCUAUACUUGAAGCUUAUAGUUACUGUAAUAAUUUGUAGACGAUAGAUAUGUAAUGGUUAUUGCAGAUUUAUAAUCCAGAGUUAUUUGCCUAUAUCAGAUUGUGAGACUUUAACUUGA